AUGAAGACCAUCGUCGCCUCCCAGGUCCUUCCCCUCCCCAAGAACGUGACCGUCAGCGUCAACUCGCGUGUGGUCACCGUCAAGGGUCCCCGCGGUGAGCUCACCCGCAGGUUCAAGCACACCGAUGCCGAGAUGGAGAUCAUCGGCGGCAAGAAGAGGAAGCUGAAGGUCACCAUCUGGUUCGGCAAGAGGAAGAACCUCGCCUGCAUCCGCACCAUCUGCACCCACAUCAAGAACAUGAUCGUCGGUGUCACUAAGGGCUACGAGUACAAGAUGAAGUUUGUCUACGCCCAUUUCCCCGUGAACUGCAACAUCCCCGAUGACGGCAAGUUCGUGGAGAUUCACAACUUCUUGGGCGAGAAGGUCGUCCGUCGCGUGCACAUGCUCGAGGGUGUCAAGGUCACCCGUUCCACUGAGAAGGACGAGAUCAUCCUCACCGGCAACGAUCUCGAGCUCGUCUCUCAGUCCGCUGCCAACGUGCACCAGUCGGUUCUCGUGAAGAACAAGGAUAUCCGUAAGUUCUUGGACGGUAUUUAUGUCAGCGAGAAGAAGGUCAUCGGUCAGGAGUAA